AUGGCUCCAAUGCUUCAAUUCCUUUUUCAACGUAGGGAUUUUAACACCAGCGCUCCCGCAGAUGCCUUUGACCGGGAAUGGUCUCAACCGUCCAAUUAUGCCUUUACUAUUCUUCUUUUGCUGGGAGGAGAUUUGAUUAAUCGUGCUCUUGCACAGCUGGCUGGUGGUUGGGUUACGCCUGUGGCUUUCUCAUUCGGUUGGGUCUCUUAUGCAACAGCUUCUGUCUGUGCAGCUCUCGGAGAGUAUAAACUGAUGCCCGAUGCUGAUACUGGAUGCUGCAUUAUCAACGGAAAGAAUGGUUACGUUCGUGGAAAUAAUUCAUGGGUCCUUGGUCGUAUGAUGCGAGACUACGAGUAUUGGAUGGGUAGACCCGUUGCCGACAAAACUGAGGCUCUGAUCGAGGCUCGAUGGAAAUUCGAGAAAGAAAAAGAAGCACGAGAAUAUUCCGCGUCGAAGGUUGAAGUUCCUCGACCUUCACAAGCUGGACUGGUAGUUAGCAUUUGGAAACCGAACACUAAAGUGAAACACGGCACACCUGGUCAUGAUAUACUCUAUUGGUCCGGGAUUAUUGUUACUAUUAUUCAGCUGGGAGUCUCCUGUAUACCAUUGGGUCUGACGGGAGACUGGGGAGUUUUGUUGAUUACCGGCGGUGCUACUAUUCUUUGCUACUUUACCGGUGCUCUUAAGCAAUGGAGAAUCGAAAAAUGGGCUUGUCGACGUCUGGAUCAUCGAAGCAAGAAGAAUUUCGUCAUGACGCGCGGCAAUGGUGCUCAGCAUGCGAUUGCUAUCAUCAGCGAUGGGUAUGGCCUGGAUUUGGAGGAUCUCGCAACUGGCUUUGCCAACGUUGACUCCCCUACUAUUUCGCUAUUCUCACAAAUUUCCGUUAUUGUGCUGGGUAUCUUGUGGGUGGCGCUGUUGAUCACCGCGUCAGGCCUAACAGAUGACUCAUGGUACCUGAUUGCCGUUGGUGGCAUUGGUAUGCUUCAAAACAUUUUUGUCGCGGGUUGGAAGCGUACUCCAGCUGCAUACGGCAUUCCGCUUGAGUUCGUUGACGUGAUUGGCGAGGCUAAAGUCAUGAGUACGCUUAUGGAACUUGAGAAAAGAUAUGAGAAGCUUGGCAAAAGCAUGUUGGGUACUUUUUUCCCUGGUGAUUUGCGUGAUAGUGAAGUCAAGGAGUGGGCUGCUAUUGCAGAAGAGUGGAAGGAAAAGAAAGCACAGGCUGUUAAACCUGUUGAUGCAUAACACGACUGAAGAAUUCGUGGCUGCAUAUGUUUUAAGUUGACUUAUUCAAUACUCGAGGUUCUAAAUCCCUGAUAGGAUACCCCUCCUUCCUUUUAUGGAGCUGUCACGGCGAUGAUACUACUACACUGCUACUUAUGACAGUUUGGAGGAUGUAUCAAAAACAGAGGGCUAAGGUUCCAAAGUUACCCAGGUACCUGCAAGG